ACAAAAGUUCAAAGUUUAUAAGCACUCUUGGCCCACGUGUCGUUUAAGUAAUUUAUUGCAAGCGCCAAGUGAAUAUUUAUUUUUAGUCCGCCAGUUUGAAUUUCCCUUCAGCAAGUGACCCACAGAGAGAGAGAGAAAGAGAAAGAGACAGCUCCUGACUGCAUUGUUUUUAGCCCAGUGGCCAUCAGUGACAUUGACAAAUUGCAUCCGCCAGUGGCUAGCAUAUGAUUAACUACCAAAUUCUUUCUUAAACUUCCAGAUAGAGUCAACUGCAGCAUGGUGGUUCCGAAUUAAUUAACUCCCGGGGCAGUAGGAAGUUGGGAAAUGUUCGCCAAAGGAUCUGAGCCAAGUCAAGAACGUAUGGCCUGUGAGGGCAACCCCAUCGAGGAAGAUGACGCCACGGAAGCCAACCUGAAUCUGAAAAACAAUAACCGAAACGGAAACGGAAAUAGAAACAGAAGCCCCAGCUGCGACUCACCGUUGCAGGAAAUCGAUGAACAUUACGUCUGCGACAUUGCAAUGAUGCGAAUUGGCGGAGAGGAGAUGACACACAAUGCGCCAGCAGAUGACUCACAGCCAUCGGAGCUGGUGGACGACAAUGCAAGUACAAACAAUGAGAAUGAAAAUGAGAAUGAUAAUGGAAACGAGGUGGAGAUCGAUCGUCAGGAGGAGGAGCAAGCGGUCAGCGAUCUGGUGCGAUCCAGCAGUGCAGGUGCUCUCAUGGAGGCAGAUAGCAAGAAUGGUGGCAGCAUGCGUGUGGUCUUCGGCAUCCUGGUGCGACUGGUCCUUCCGCUGGCUAACGGUGUGGCCAGGGGUAUCAAGGGCAUUCGCGAUGUCCGCGUGCUGAGAGUGCUCCAAAACCUGGCCUCCAGCAGACAGGCUCUUACCAAUCUGGUGGCCUUUGCGGCCAACACUAUCUCACUGAAUCUGUCCUCGGUUCAGGUUUCUAACCGCAUGGGACCGCUACUGAAACUUCUAAAGAUGCGCAAGUCGCAGGAUGGCCUUGAGAGUCUUCCGGAUACCCUAAGUGCACCCUCGACACCCUGCACUCCCAGCAGUCCGUUGCAGGGUCCGCCCCUUUACAGCGUUCGCUCGGAUGCCCCCAGCUGUUGUACCCUCAACAUUCUGGCCGAGCCCCCGCCGGGUCAGCCCAUCCGGGCGGACAUUGUGCUUAUCCACGGACUGCAUGGUUCCCUUGUAAAUACAUGGAAGCAGGGACUUUGGCAAAAUGAUCGUAAGCCGGUGGAGUUCGAGAGGCCGCCAAGGCCACCGGUAAGGCCGCCCAAGCGUCCGCGUCAUUCCCGCAGCGCGGCCAUUCAUCCGGCUCCCCGGGAGAAGCGGGCCAAGUUCGCCUCCCUUAACCGCUAUGUGGACACCAACGAUGAUGCUCCAGUGCGUCAGCGGACGCGACUGCAGCGAUCCGUUGCAAUGCAACCUGACUUCCAACUUAAUGCUUCCGACAGCGAUGAUGGCGAGGACUAUGCAUAUGUGUGCGGUGAUCCAGAGGAUAUCCAGAUCUGUGAGGGCAUCGAGUACAGCUUCCCCACGUUCCGGCUGCGGAUGCACGACAACAGUCGACUCCUUCCGGCCGAGCUAGAGUCCAUGCUGCAGGCAGAUGGCAGCGAAGCGGCUGCCAAUGGUAGCCAGGGCUCUCGUCCUCGUCCCACCUCACCCGGGACGCCGCGGAAGUCUGGACGCCGGAACAAGCCCUCUCCUGAUGAUCCCAAUUACUCCAAAUGCUGGCCAGGCGACUGGCUCCCGCUGGACUGUCCUGGAGUGCGGGUGAUUGCCGUCAACUAUACCACCGAUCAGUACCUGUGGCGUCCGCUGUGGAAGAGCAAGGAGCCACGCUCCAGCCUCAUCCAACGCUCCCGGGAGAUGGCCGAGUUGCUCAUCCAGCAACGCGUGGGACAUGGCCACCCGAUCAUCUAUGUGGGCCACUCAAAGGGUGGUCUGUUUAUCAAACAGUUGAUUGUGGAUGCCUGGGAAUGCGGUCGUCCGGCAAUGACUCCACUGUGGAGGUCCGCCCGCGGCUGUUUCUUCUAUUCGGUGCCGCAUCGAGGUUCCCACCUGGCCAGCAUUAAGGCGCCGCUGCUCACGCGAUCUGUGGAGCUACUGGAGAUUGAGAAAAACAACAAGUACCUGCUGGACCUUCAUAGGCGCUUUGCGGGUCUAUAUCACCUGGGUCACCUAAAGAUUGAGGUCUUUAGCUUUGUGGAGACUGCAUUGACGCUCAUGUCAGUGUUAUACCUGCGCAUUGUGGGUGUGGAUUCGGCAGAUCCUGGCAUUGGCGAUGUCUGCGGCAUUCGCCUUGAUCAUCGCGAAAUCUGCAAGCCCCGCGGAAGGGAUUGUAUAUUGUACAAAGAACUGGUGAAAAUGAUUGAGAAGGUGUGCUAAGCUGAGCUUUCAGUGGAACUAAAAUGCAAUGACGAAGUAUAUUGUAUUAGGACCUGAUCUAUUUGAAACCGAAUUGUGAAUAGAAACUGGCAACUCAGAGGUGUCAUUAUAAUUACGCGUACCUAAAUGCUUAAUAAUAGAGCGUCGCUUGUUGUUUAAAUAGUGCAUAGCAUACUUGUUUCAUUACCUUUUAAUUCGCUUAUCCAUAGCUUAUAGCUCAAGUUAGUCAUUUAGACACAUAAACACACUCUUUGUCUCUAGUUUAAGCCUCUGAAAGAAGGGAAGGCAGAGGUGCCUGACCCUAUGCCAUCUUCGGGCGUCCAAUGAUAAUUUUGCAAUUUUUUGUGAUCGUUUGUGAUCAUGUCGAAGCACUUUGUUGUGAUGUACCCCCAACCAACCACCCGUGAAUACGUUAUUGAUAUUGUACCAUAUAUAAGUUACUUGUAUAUUUAGCGUUUGAUAGUUCUAUGAAUGUCUUUCAUUUAUGUAUAAACCGAAACCUACACCGCUGUAAAACGUUACCAACGAAUACAACAAAUUGAUGCAUACAUA